UGCUCAGGCGGUGCACCUGGCUUGCGUGUCCUCGUCGCUCAGGUCAUCCACGCGCUGGACGCGCGUCCCUUUCACAGCUACUUAUUACGCACGGCACGAUCUACUCUGUCCGCACUUCAUUCUCAACAUCUACCACCAUCGCUACUUUCGCAUUCACUGCAUUCCAAUGUCGGGCACCUCUACUCCAGAACGCGAGACAGGGCUCCUGGGCAUAGGCCAGCAAUGCUCGGCACCUUCGUGCAUGCUCGUAGACUUCCUGCCUUACAAGUGCCAGCACUGCAGCCACCCCUUCUGCGGUGAGCACUUCCACCCAGAGGCGCACAAGUGCGACAAGUUCGAUGCAAGCAAGCACAACCGAGUCGCGCCUCCGUGUCCGUUCUGCAAUACCCCGGUCGCUAUUCCUCCGGGUCAGGAUCCGAAUAUACGCAUGGAGGAACACAUCACCUCGGAGUGCUCGGUCAUGACGGGGAAGACUCGUAAGAGCUCGCACCCGACGUGCGCUCGCGCGAAGUGCGGGAAGGUGCUGUACGCUCCGAUUCGGUGUGAUAAAUGCAAGCAGCAGUUCUGCCCACAGCACCGCUUCCCAACAUCGCAUACAUGUUCGGCGAGCGCAUCCGCGAAGUCUGCGUCUUCGUCCGCUAGCCCAUUCCAGUCGGCAUCAUCGCAAGCUUCAGCGGCCGGCGCCGCGGCUAUCGCUGCUAUACAGCAUGCGAUGGCUUCAACGAACAUCUCCAACUCCUCUACCACGACGCUCCGGAGCACCACAACGCAAACGAGGAGGGCUCCCCAGCCACCAGUGAUGGGGCAGUCUGCCUCAUCUGCUUCUACGCGAUCCUCUACGCGAUCCAACCCGUUCUCACAGACUGAUCGUCGGGCAAGGGCGGAGCGCGAGAGUCGGCGACAGGCAAUCGCGACUCGUGCGAAGAAGGGUUUGCCGUUGACUGAGGAGGAGAAGGCUAUUCUGGCGGAGGGUUCGGUGAAGGAAGACUGUGUUAUCAUGUAGCGUCUGCUCUCGGUACAAGAUCUAUCUAUAUUAAUAUUGUUCCGGAUAACAUA